UAAAUGCAGCCCCUUACAGUUCAGCAGAGAGAACAGAAUUAAUGUUCGAGCUUAUAUAUAAUAAGGUCUAUUAUUUUGGUGGAUAUGGAGUUAAUGGUGCAAUGAAUGAUUUUUUUUAUAUUGAUUUGACACAGCCAUUUUAUAGUUUUUCACCUCCAUAUCAAUUCAUAUCAUAUAUAGAUUUUAGGGGUGGAGCUAGUGCUAGCUCUGAUACAAAUAAUAUAUAUGUUUUUGGUGGUUAUAGUAGUACUG